AUGGCGAUGUCUGCUGGUGCGCCGAGUGUGACGGCGACGGCGUUGGUAGCGAUUCCUGCCGCGGCGAUGACGUUGGUUGUUCCUGCGCCGGUUGUCCGUGCUGAUGCGAAUGUGUCGGUGGAGGUUGUGACGAUCGCGAUGCAGGCGUUGCCUGCGGUUGGUGCGGUCGGCGCUGAUUCGACUGUCGCUGUGCCUGCGGCUGCGGUGACGAUGUCGGCGCCUGCGCCUACUGUUGCGGCUCACUUCGAAGCGGAGAUCCCGGUUGUUGCUGUGACGAUGGCGGCGCCUGCGCCUGUGGUUACUGCGACUGGUUCGGCUGUGGUCGCUGUGGGUGUUGCCGAGAUGACUGUGUCUGCGAAGGCUCCUGUGGUUACCGCGACCUCGUCGGUGGUGGUCCCGGUUUCUACGAUCGGGAUGUCUGCGAAGGUGCCUGUGGUGACUGCGUCGUCGACGGUGGUCGUUCCGUCUGUGACAGUGACAAUGUCGGCGAAGGACCCUGUCGUGACUGCGAUCAACGGGCCGUCCGUCUCCGCGUACACGACGUUCUCGAAGACGACUGGUUCGGCGGUGACUAUUACCUUGCCGGCCGCGAACGUCGGCGAUCUUUGGGUCAUUGCGAUGGCCACUACAUCCGGUCAGAUGGGUUCAACUCCGUCUGGUUGGACGAAGCGGAUGGGCAACGGCGCUUGGUACGACGGCGCGUACUUGGAGGUGUGGACACGCACGAAGGUUGCAGGUGAUCCGGCGACGAUCACGACUUCGGCGAGCGGGUUCAGUAGCGACAGCCCCACCGAAGUGAUCGCCAUGACGGUAGCCAACCAGGCGGGCGUCAACGCGUCGUCGAGCAUUCUUUCGGAUGGAUCGACGACCGCGACUCCGCAUCCCACUCCCGCGAUCACAACAACGGUGGCGAAGGCGGUACUCAUUCGUAUGGUGUCGACAGGUCAACUGUCGGCCGCACACACCUGGCCCGCAGGAGUCACGCCGGUCACUACCGUGAUCAAUGGGACUUCCGCGGCGCUUAGCGUUGCGGUGCAGACAGGCGGGGCGGCUGGUUCUCAGGCUGCUGUGAAUGCGACGCCAAGCAAUGGGUCGAAGUAUUCGAGCGGAACGAUUGCGAUCGCACCUGUU